AUGUUCGCGACAUCGCUCCGCAGACGCUCGUCGUUUGCGCCAGGUAUACACAGUCUUCAGUCAGAUCUGGAUCUCCGCGAAAACAACAUCGUCACGCACGACCUCGAGAUCCCCUUCGGCUCAACAACGGAUCCACGCGGUAGGAACACGACUUCAUCACGUCGCCUCCGGGUACUCCUGCUCGCACCUUCGGCCAUCGACGAAACCAAGCUCACUGCGACAUUCGAACGCAUAGCCCACUUCGCCUCCCUGACCGGCGGCGAAGACGUCGCCAUCACCUUCCUCCUGAAUCCACCGCAGACUUCGAAUUUCGUGUCCGCAAAGUACUUCGCCCCCGGUACCAAAUCCGGCAACACGAACCUCGAAGGCGUACACGCGUACGCCAAAAUUCAAGCCGAAAUGCUCAGCGACGACUCCAUCCCGCACAUACCGACCUUACCACUGAGCAACCUUGAAGCUCUCCCUGCUUUGCUGAAGCGCCACAUGGCGAACCUCAGCCGGUCACCGUUGAAGCCAAAACCAGCAGCGACGACCUUCGAGCUUCUGCAGCUUUGCACCGCCAAUCCGCCCAUGGCGCAGCAUACCGCUUUUGUGCUCUCGGAUCUGUUCAGAGAUUUGAGAGAUCUUGCGACGGCGUGCACGGCGGUCGCGGCUGAGCAGGAGUCGAGCUCGCCACUGGUGCCGGGGAUGUCGUCACAGAUGAGUGGAGCGUGGGAGUCGAGCAAUGGGUUGAGUAGCCAGUUCGUGCAGGGCGGUUCCAUGGACAGACUGAAGCGGCUGCGGGACCUGGUGGGCGAGCAGGACUGCCAGAAUAUUGUUGACUUCUGGAGGGAGGAGUGGUUGCUGGAGUGA